GCACAACUUCCUCUCCAAGAUAUUGGAUACUGGAAGGCAGUUCGGCGUUCUUUCAAAUCUCAAGGACGGCAUGCAAACUUUUUGAUAAAUUUAGGUCAUCUUCUUAUCAACUGCUUUUCAUAUGGACACAAAAAAACUUCCCGAGAGGUUCUUCAGGAAGAAGGCAGAGGCCUUCAACCGAAAGGUUAAAUAUGCUAAACAAAGUGUCACUCAGGUAGCGGCACUACACAAUGUAUUGCCUGGCUAUCUUGAGAAGGAAGAUGAAAAUGAGAUAAUCACUCAAGAUGCUAUGUUGAAAGAAGUUGAUAUUGGUUCCGCAACUAAGCGUUUUGAUGUUAAACUACAGUAUGGACCGUAUGCGAUUGAUUAUUCACGAAACGGCAGAUUUUUAGCCCUGUGUGGUAAAUCAGGACACAUAGCGGCAUUCGACUGGAUGGUGAAGAAGCUUCUUUUUGAGAUCACUGUCUCUAACGAAUGCAAGGAUGUUAAGUUUCUUCACCAAGAAACGUUCGUUGCCGUUGCAGAGAAGAGAUAUGUUUCCAUAUAUGACAAUCAAGGCUUAGAAGUACAUUGCUUGAAAAAACUGAGUGGGAUAUUACGAAUGGAAUUUCUCCCGUAUCAUUUCCUUCUGGUGUCUUCCGCUGACAAUGGAUUUCUUUAUUACCUAGACUGUUCUAUUGGUACGAUUGUCGCUUCAAUACCUACAUAUAUGGGGCGCCUUGGUGUUAUGUGUCAAAACCCUUCUAACGGAGUUAUUUGCACAGGACACAACGAUGGUGUUGUAUCUAUGUGGGUACCUUCAGAGAAGUCAUACGUUAUCAAAAUGUUCGCCCACCCAACUGCCAUUACUUCGAUUGCUUGCGACCAAACUGGAAGCUACUUGGCAACCUGUGGAGUUGACCGAAAACUAAAGAUUUGGGACUUGAGGUCCACUUAUGAUCCUCUUUCCGAAAUCUUGCUGCCUAUGUCUGCUUCAACAAUUAAUUUCAGUCAGAAAGGUUUAUUAGCAUUGGGUGCUGCUAAUACCGUACAGAUUUUACGUGACCCCCAUUCCAUUCCACCGUCCAAUGCAUCAAAAAUCUUUGAAACCAUUUCACCUAAUGUUAACCGACGAGUAAUUUCGAAUGCUUAUCUUUCUCACUAUGCGGUUCAUCCAGUUUAUCGUGUACGCUUUUGUCCUUAUGAAGACGUUUUAGGAGUAGGUAGUUCCGCUGGGAUUUCAUCCAUUCUUUGCCCUGGGAGUGCCGAACCUAAUUAUGAUGGUUUAGAAGAAAAUCCUUUUGCCAAUAAACGUUAUAGGCAAGAAAGAGAAGUUAAACGACUUUUGGAUAAGAUCCCAUAUACAAUGAUUUCAUUAAAAUCAAUCGUUGGUGAAGUUCGUCGUGAAGACCUUUUAGAAGAAUGGGAAAAAAAGAAAGCUGUAUUACUUGGACAAGUUCCCAAAGUCGAUACACCUGCUAUUAAACGAAAUAAACAAAAAGGUAGAUCAAAACCUGGUCGAAUCGAGGCAAAAAAGCAAAAUAUACACUUUGAACGUAAAAUGUUUACUAUCAAAGAAGUUUUAGGUGUACGGGAAGCGGAAGAGAAGUUACGACGAAAAGUUUCUUACAAAAAAAUCAAUGAUAUAAGCACAUUACCGAGACCUAGUGAAGCUUUAGUAACAAAAAAGAAAUUAUCGAAAAGACGCACAAACACUGCUCUUGAUGUGUUGAUUCCACCAAAAGAAUUUUAAUUUUUAAAUCUUAAUUUCUUUAUCGUUCUCUAACUAACUGUUUGUCUUCAAGUUCUUUUCUUAAAUUUUCCACUAAACUUUUUAAAAUCAACGAAUCUACAUUGCUUUAUGUAUAAUUGUCAAUGGUUGACAAUUGUAUUACUGUAAUUUAUUGAAAUCAUAAUGUACAGUUUACAUUUGAUACAAAUAAAAAAAGUAUUAAGAGGUUAUAUAUGUGUGUGUUGUCAAUGUACCUCAUUAUCAGAAUUUUAUCAGCUUCCACAACGUCAGUUAUAUUUAGUUCUUUUUUCUUGUUGGGGCCGAUACCUAGUUGAAUCUCAGUUAGUAUCAGUUCCAUCAUUUGUCCAUGCCAAUCUAGUACUAACACAAUGCUCUUAAGAAUGAACUUAGUUCUUUGUAUCACUUUAAAACCUUCGGAUUUAAUGGAAAUGUUAUUACUAGAACCUCUCAAACUGGUUCUAGAUCUCAUGCUUAAGUCAAACCUCAUAUACUACUAUUUAAC